AUGGUCGUGGCUCGCAAAGCACCAGCUGCCCCACUGUCACCUGCCUCUCGUACAAACUCCUCGCACCUCGUUCCGCGCUCUGCUGCGACAAAAAGCAAGCUCGGACAGGGCACGACCAUUGCCUCCGAUCUGUCCGCCGCUCUAGCAAACGGACAGAACGCCGACCGCGACUCCAAGGGGAGCUCGCGUGAUAACGAUGAUGCCUCCAAGAAAACGAAGGGAAAGUCGAAACAGAAAACAAAGAAAGGGGGCAAGAAACCCAAGGGACGCGCAGGCCUUGCCGAUGUCCUUCUUCGAUAUCUCCUCCUUUUCUUCACCAUCUACACGCUCUCUGUUUGCCCCAACGACGCCAAACUUGAAUCUUCCGUCUGCCGUGGUCUGUCUGAAUAUCGCCGCCUCAUCCUCGAGCCUUACGUGUUUCCUGCCAUUAAUACCGCUCUCGCACAUCCUUCCAUUGCUCCGCAUGUUCAGCGCGUGAAGCCCUACACCGAUCGUGCUAUACAGAUCGCUAUGCCGAUUGCAUUGCGCACUCAUUCCGAGUGGACCAACCGCGUCGUACCGCAGUGGAAUCAACGUGUCGUACCUCAGUGGGAGAAGCGUGUUGUGCCUCAAUGGAACAAGCAUGUGGUCCCUCAGUGGGAGCAACAUGUCGUGCCUCAGUACCUCCGCGUGACCUCACAGGUCGAGCCAUACCUAACAGCGAUUGAGCAUCAAUACGAGGCCAAGCUAGGACCUUAUCUGCGCUCGGCCAUUCAUAACACCAAUAGGCUCCAGCGUGCUACACAGCCCUAUGUUAUUCUAGCGGCGCAGAAGUCCUACUCGGGCUACCAGAUCGCUAAGCCUUAUGCUGUCCCUCUCUGGGAACGCGUCAAGGCAUUGGUAAAACAUCUCCUCAUGCUAUUGCGUAUUCAGCGCCGCAAGUUUGUUGAUCCUCACGUGGCGAAAAUCUGGGCUCGGAUGCAGGAACUCAGUAGUGGAAUCCCAAAUGGUGAUAUCCCCGUCCCAUCCGCUGUUGAGCAAGUCCCGCCUGCGCCUGCCUCUGUACCUAGCCCUUCUUCGGCGGAGCCAGAAGCCUCCGAGCCUGUGGGAUCUACUCCGGUGGUCAUCAUCCCUACUGCCGGUUCUCCAUCGACAUCAUCAAUCGAUCAUUCUGCUAUCACCGAGUCCGCCGUUGCCCCAGAACGCAUCGAAACAGUAGAGUCUGCCGCGUCCGUUAUUCUCCAAUCUGUACACACAGGCGCCCCGGUCGUGUCGGAGACUCUUGAACCUUCUUCUACCUCCUCGCUGGACCCUACCCCGUCGUCAUCUUCCGUCCCUUUGGCUCCGCCUAUCACCAAUGAUCUCGAUGAGUUUGACAUUGAUGCGUUUGCCGCCGAUCUCGGACUGGAUAACGAGGAAGACGCCGUUCCUGACGAGCAAGAAGCCGUGCACGAGGAGGUCGAGACAGAGGAAGAGAAAGCGGAGCGCCUUCGUGUGCAUAAGGAGGAAGUUGCCGAGAAACGGCGUAAGCUCAUGGCACGGCAUACUCAAUGGGAGGACGAUUUGGAAAAAAUGAUCAAAGAGAAAAAGAAGGCUGUCCGCAAGUCCCUUGUCGCGCUCCGCAAAGCCGCAACCGCCGAACUGAAAUCCUCCAAGGAUAUCAAGGGGAGCAUCGAUGGCCUGGUGGUAGAAGCCGAGAAGUUCCUGAAAGGUGCCGAAGCUUACCUGAAGAACCUCAGGAAGGACUCGAGGACGCAGCAGGACAAGCUCACUUUGUGGUCGAAGGUCGUUGAGAAGGUCGAUGCGAAAUUCAAUGAUCGUCUUCAAGAGACUGAAGUUACGGUCAACGACUGGUAUAACAAGGCUCUGAGCAGCGAAGAAGAAGAGGUAGUGAAGGCGGCUGCUGAGGUCAGGGAUCUCGCUGACCGCGCACAGGCAGACAUCGGUCUCGACUACGCUUGGCUAGAUGAUGUAACAUACCAGGACUGGCAACGCUAUCACGACCUCCUUAAGCAAAGCGAUAACUUCACGGUGCAUAUACAAUCUGUCCAAAACGGUUCGCAUCCUUCGCCGCCCAUCAACCCCGUGCAGCCAGCCCUUGAGGAGCUUGAGUCGGAAGUAAAGGAUAUCAUCGCCGGCUUUGAGACACGACUUCGUCGCAUCAAACGCAGCGGUGAUCGUGCUUUCGGCGGUGAAGUUCCGGAGGAUGCACAUUCAGAUGAAGAUGUAUUGGAUGGGGACGUGGGAGCGGCGAAGGAGCCAUUGGUAUCCAUUCUGCCUGUCCCCUCGGAUCGAGGUGAGGUGAAAGAGGCAGUGCUCAAUGUGAUCGGUCGUGGUAAGGAGGAGGUUGAGGAGGCACUAGCGCGCGCGCAAGCCUUGCUAGGCUACAAGAACGUACCCGAGGAGCAAGCGAAUAGCGCUAAGAAGGUCGCGAGCAGCAUAGCUCGUGAAGUGGAGGCGCAGGCGCAGUCUGACGUGCCGGUAUCGUCUGCCAUUACACCACCCGUUCGUGAGGAGCUGUGA